AUGGAUUUAUCUAAAUUAGUAGCUAUAUAUUCACAGAAACAAAAUCAACAACAACAACAACAACAACAACAACAAAAUCUAAAUCCACUGACAAACCAAAACAAUAAUGUACAACAAAUACUACCGAUUAUCAGUACAAAUAAUAAUAUAAAUACUACAUUAAAGCAAUCAAAUAGUCGAACAGUUAGCAGCAAUAAUUAUAUUAAUAACAAUAACAUUAAGCAACCAAAUAGUAAUAAUAGAAAUAACAAGAAUAACAAUAGUAAUAAUAAUAUUCAUCCUAAUAAUAAUAAUAAUAAAAAGUUUAAUGUUAGAAAUCAACCACAAAAUAAUAAAAGGAAAAAAACAGAUGAAGAAGAGGAUGAUAAUAUAGGUGCUGCAGCUGAUGACGAUGGUGAUAUGGAUGAGAUGAAGAGAAUAAAGUUAUUUAAUCAAAGAUUAAAGACAAUAAAGAUACAAGAAUCACCAGAAGAUAUUGAAAGGUACUUGGAAGAAAGAAGAAAAAGAUACCCAUCAAGACAGAAUAUAGAAUCCAAACAAAAAGAUAUUCAAGAAUCAAGAAAGAGAGGUGAAAUAACUACAACUACAACAGAAAUAACAAAUGAAAAUAAUAAAAAGAAUAAAAACAAUAGAAAUAAUAGAAAUAAUAAUCGUUUUAAUAAGAAAAAUAACAAUAGUAUAAAAGAUAAACAAGUGGAAUCUGUAGCACCCAAAGAGGAUGGAGAAGAAACAGAUAGCAGUUUGACAAUUGAAAUAGAAGAAAAGAUAAUGUCUGAUCAAACUGAUAUUGAAAAUAAUAAUAUCACAUCUCAAACUAUUAUUGUAAACAAUGAAGAGACUAAUAAACAAGAGGAUCCUCUUACCGAGAUGGUUGAGAAGAUAGAAGAAAUUGAAGAAGAGCCUUCAUCACUUCAACACUUUAAAUCAACGACCAACAUUGAUGUUGAGAAAGAAGUUUCCAAAAUUACCAAAGUUAAUAAUAAUAAUGACAAAAAUACAAAAUUAAAGAAUCAACAAAAACAACAAAAUCAAACAUCCAAGCCAAAGUCUAAUUUUUCAAAUACAUUGUAUUCAAAGGUAAGAAAUAUCCAGUUAUUUUCAAGAGAGAUUUCUGCUGAAAAAAGUAUAAUUCUUCAAUGUUUUAGACAUCUGGCAAAUACAAUAAAAGUUAGAGAUGGGCUCAUUACAGAGGAGGAAGAAGAUAGUGGUAGCGAAAACGAAGGUAUCACAAAAAUCGACAAUUAG